AUUAGAACCCAGAAUGUUAUAGAGCCACUCGGCAGGUCGACCAUUUGUGGUACAAGUGGGGAUUACUCAACGAAGACAAGCUAUGAGUACAUCCAUUUCUAGACUCAAGGUUGUCGUAGGGUGCUGACGUUCAUACUUUACCGACUGCAGGUGUGAGCUGUGCGGUUCGCUGUCCACCGUAUGAAUAUGGCUCAUACAGUCGCCAUCAUCGCAGUCACCAUUAUCAGCAGGGCGUCUGUCAUAACAUCAGACAUCGUUGUCCUUUCGGUCACUUGGUGGCAGCUCUGUGGAACCCUCCGAUUAUCAGGGAACAGACGAAAUCGUUCUGCUCUUGCACGCCUAUUAUUGAGGGACAGCACUGCGUACUUUAUUUUAUUUCUAUUGCUCAAUAUCGCUCAGAUUACAUCGCAACUGACGCUUGGCUAUCAAUUCAAUCCCAUCCCCGCAUUCUUAUCCCCCAUGACAUGCAUCGUGAUAUCCCGCCUGAUUCUCAGCCUCCGCCGGUUCUCAUUCACCACGCGCCCGCUCAUGCACGAUGGAAGCACCACCACCGUACCGACUGUAGACGUGCAAGAUCCCGUCCAUCGCCAAUAUUUAUCGACUAUCAUGUUUCGCCCGGAUGCCCUCUCGCAAUGCGGCAAUGACAGACCAAUAUCGCCAAGACCACAACGCCCGCCGCGACGCGGAUCCGAGGAUGUAGCAGAGCGUGGACCUUCCGAGGAAUCCGACGACGUUCUGGACGAGGCGGAAGAUGCAAAUGACAUCGAAAUGGUAGACGUACAUGUAAAUGAGUCUCACCGUCCAGGUGAACUAAGAUAAUUGUAAUAUAGCUUAGCUGUGCAUUAAAGCCCACA